AUGGUUCGUCUUCGCCGGGGCACAGACAUCCGAAUGCUGGCUGAUCUGUACUUGAUAGAUACUGGGACUGUGAGUCGUAUCAUCACAACAAUGGUCAACUACAUGCACCUGCGACUGGGAAUGAUUCCAAUCUGGCCGCGUCCUUCCCAAGUGUCAGAACGAUUGCCCGAUGUGUUCAAGGACCUGUAUCCCACAACAUUCUUGAUCAUUGAUGCCACAGAGCUAAAAUGCGAAGUUGCGUCCAGUCUGCCUGCACAGUCCCAACUGUACAGCUCGUACAAGACACAUACCACCUUGAAGGGCCUCAUCGGUAUGACCCCAGAUGGUGCUGUGGCGUUCAUCUCCGAGUUGUUCACUGGAUCUAUCAGUGACCGCGAGCUAACGAUCAGAAGCCACUUCCUAGAUCUUCUCCCAGCAGCCGGGUAUGGGACAUCGAUUAUGGCAGAUAAAGGAUUCGACAUCCAGGAUCUUUUAGUGCCGUAUGGCGUCAAGUUGAACAUUCCCCCGUUCAAGCGAUCAGGACACCAGAUGGCCCUAGAAGACGUUCAGAAAACGCAACAAAUCGCCAAGUUACGAAUUCAUGUUGAGCGUCUGAUGGAGCGGAUCAAGGAGUUCAACAUCUUUUCCAAGAUUGUUCCAACAACUCUUUUCCCCAUCAUCAAUCAGAUAUGGACAGCCUGUUGCCUUCUCAUAUUGUUCCAGGCUCCUUUACUUGCUGAUGCAAAUUAA